AUGAACAAAAAUAUUUUAAAAAAAGAUCUAAGAGAAGUGUGUAGCAAAUUUUUCGGAAAAAGUUUCGAAAUAGGACCGCACGACCAUUCCGAUAAUGCUCCGAUAUUGACGAAUAUCAGUCGAUACAUUGCCACAAAUUCUGCACCACCUUAUUCCGCAUGUCCACCCAAUAAUUCGGGAUUCGAUUUUCAGCAAACCAAAGAAGAAGAGAUUGUGGUCUUCAUUCUGUGGUGUGUCGACGCCAGGGAGAAGAGCUCCAUCCUCAAAUUCAAUGUCAUCAUUGGCACCAGAUGUGCUUGCAAUCAAAAGAUCAAGGAACUACAAGCCAAUGCAGAUUACAAAGUUCACGAUGUAGUAACGAGCAUUUCGUUAAAGGAGUUGCACGCAGCUGACAGCACGGGCAUGAAGUUCCUCUCCGUCAGAAUGAUCAAAAUCAAGUAUAAGAUUUUUAAGAAGGAAACAUCAACUAAAUCUUUAAAGAAGUUUGAAAUCAACGUGCCCUAUGUUGGGUGCCUCCAAGAUUCGCCUCUUCACGUCCAGCCCUCUCUUGAACUUCAAAUACCAGUCUCUCUGCUGGAAUUUUCAAGUUUUAGCUGCCGGAUUGAGCUCUGGUUAAGAAAUUUUCAAAUGUGCGUCAUUCCCAUGAGGUUUUUUCUGAAACCAGUGGCUCAGGAAUCGUCGACUCAGUGA